AUGAUUGGGAGGAGCGCGAGCAUGGAGGAGGGGCGAGCACGGCUGCUGACAGCUGAUGCAGCACUCACGGAUGCCAUUCUCACGGGCGUGAUCAUGCCCACACCCACCUCCUCUUCCCUGGGCUUCCCCCAGUGCGCGCAGCAUGGCAGCACCGCGACUGCCCAUAAUGGCGGUGGUGGUGGCAUGGUGGGCAGCAGCGUGGAUUGCAGUCACAGCAUCAGUGUAGUGUGGCGAUCGGGCGGCGCAGCCUUGACAGCAGCAGCAGCAUCGUGUGCUGCAGAGACAGGGCAGCGUGGCACUCAAUCGACAAGAUCCCGCGUGGUGUGCUCACUCCGUCUUCCCGCACCCCGCCUGGCUGUGCCCCUCUGUGUGUGUGAGAGCCGCAUGCCAGUAGUAGCAGACCGCGUGGUGCUGCGCAAGCUGGCCCAGGACAUGUGUGAGUGGUCGCGCCUGCUGGUGAGUGAGGAGAAGAGAGGGGGGGAAGAGGAGAGGAGGGGAUUUGGGGAUGAGCGGUGA